UGUCCAAGUCCAAGGACAGCAUCGCCAAGGGCCAGGAAGCGGGUAGUAUCCUCGAGGCCCCCGCUUACGACCGAGAUGCGGAGGCAGCAUUUGGCCAGGGCGAUGUCAAAAACCUCGAAACGACCGAGGACAUCGUCACCACGGUCAUACACGUCGACGAUGACCCAACCCUCAAUCCCUGGACGUUCCGAAUGUUCUUUAUCGGACUCGGCCUCUCUGCCUUUGGAGCUGUACUGCAGGAGAUCUUCUACUUCAAACCCCAGGUCAUCUACGUCUCUGUCAUGUUCUUAACCGUCCUUGCAUUUGCUCUCGGCGAGGGUAUGGCAUUUUUCAUCCCCAGAUGGGGCCCCAUCGGCCGAUUCCUCAACCCGGGCCCUUUCAACAAGAAGGAGCAUGCCGCUGCCGUCCUCAUGGCCUCCGCCGCAUCGGUAUCUGCCCUGUCGACCGAGGCCCUGGCCGUGCAGAAACUAUUCUACGGUGGGUAUCCCAGCGCUGCAGCCGGUGUUUUCAUCACCAUGUCCUCUCAGUUGAUCGGCUACGGACUUGCUGGUAUGAUGCGAAGCGCCUUGCUGUACCCAACCAAGAUGUUCUACCCUUCAAACCUGCCCAUCACAACCGUCUUGGAAACCCUUCACCACGAUAAGGUGACUGGAAACUCCAAGAGAUUGAGGAUCUUCUGGAUUCUCUUUGGUGCUCUGUUCGUCUGGGAAUGGUUCCCUGAGUACAUCUUCCCCCUCCUCAUUGGUGUCUCAAUCUUUUGCCUCGCCGAUCAGCACAGUUUGGUCUUCACCAAUCUUUUUGGUGGUGCCCAAGGUAAUGAGGGUCUUGGCUUCUUGUCCUUGUCCUUUGAUUGGAACUACAUCGCUGGUUUUGGAUCGCCUCUCGCGUUGCCUCUGCAGACCCUGGUCAACAGUGGCAUCGGCUACCUUGGCUGUAUCGUUCUGUACAUGGGGCUGUACUAUGGCAAUAUCUGGAGAUCGCUCGAUUUUCCCUUCCUCUCCCAACAGCUCUUUGACGGCUCUUCCAACGCUACCAACUUCGUUCCAUACAACGUCACAACCAUCCUCAACUCUGACUUCAUCAUCGAUAACGCAGCUGUCGACACUCAGGGCAUCCCCUGGCUCACAGGCUCGUACGUUUCCUAUCUCAUCACGUCCAAUGCCGGUCUCACCGCAACGUUCGUUCACAUGCUCCUCUGGAACUAUAAUGAGAUCAAGGUCGGAUGGGAAUUCGUCACGGUUGAGAACAUUAAAAAGCUGUUCAAUCCAAGAACUUACAUGUUCUGGAAGAACGGUGGCCAGCGAACCGAGGAGGAGAAGGAGAGGAUCCGCAAUGAUCCCACAGUCGACCCUCACUACAAGGUCAUGCUGCAAUACGAUGAGUGUCCCACCUCAUGGUACGUAGCUGCUUUCCUCGCCAGCUUCAUUGUGGCUAUGACCUGCUUGUACGUCAUGAAAUCGACCCUCCCAUGGUGGGGUUUAAUCGUCGGCCUGCUGCUCACGACCCUCUUCAUGUUGUUCUUCGGUGCACAGUAUGCCAUUACCGGAUUCGGCUUCAACACUCAACCCAUCUUCCAAAUGCUUGCUGGUUAUAUGUUCCCCGGCCGCCCACUGGCCAACAUGUACUUCACGACCUACACAUACAACGGCCUGCAACAGGGCUGGUACCUCCUCCGCGAUCUCAAGCUUGGCCAACAGAACAAGCUGUCUCCUAAGGCGGCUUUCACGACGCAGAUGAUCGGCUGCAUCUUUGGUGCUCUUCUGAACUUCGUUAUGAUGUUGACCAUCGUCGACAACCAAGCCGCCAACCUCAUCUCCAUCGAAGGUACCCCCAUCUGGUCCGGCAUUAAUCUCCAGCAGUUCAACACCCUCGCGGUCGCCUGGUCCAUCGCCCCCAAAAUCUUCUCCAUCGGCGCGCGCUACGAAUGGGUCACCAUCGCCUACCUCAUCGGCUUCGCGGCCCCGCUCCCCUUCUACAUCAUGCACCGCCUCUUCCCGCAGCAGCGCAUCUGGAGCUACCUCAACUCCAGCAUCAUCUUGUGGUACCUGGGCUACCUGGUCACCGGCAUCAACUCCUCCAUCCUCUGCUACUACGCCAUCGGCAUCUUCGGCCAGUUCUACCUGCGCAAGUACCGCCCCAAGUACUUCGUCAAGUGGAACUACCUGGUCUCGGCGGCCCUCGACGGUGGCACCCAGGUCUUGGUCUUCCUGCUUACUUUCGCGGUCGACGGCGGGUCCGGCGCCGCCCAUCCUUUCCCGUCGUGGGCUGGCAAUCAUGCCAAUAAUGUAGAUUUCUGCGCGUAUAAUGCCGCGAAUGGAUAAAAAAGUGGUUUAAUCUGGCUGUCAGAUUUGGGAGAGAGCGGGCGUCCUGGGAGUUGUCUAUCUAUAUAUGGGUUAGCGACGAUAUACAAAUAUGUAUGCUAUGUAUGC